GUUCCACGACGGUCGUCAUGUCUCAGACUUUGCCCGUUGUUCCCCUAUGGCUCGACGUCGAUCCCGGUAUAUUCACUCCUGAUGCCUUCGCCCUCCUUCUUGCCGCUCAUAGUCCCAAGACCGAGCUACUUGGAGUUAGCACUGUGCAUGGCAAUGCUUCACUGCAUCACACAACCCAAAACAGCCUGAGCAUUUUGCAAGCCAUAGGACGUCGAGGGAUCCCGGUAUAUCCCGGAGCCUCCAAGCCUUUGGUCCGCGAUGCCGUGCACGCGGCCAGCAUCCACGGCGAAUCUGGGCUAGACGGAACGACACUAUUGCCCAAGCCCAUACAUUCUGCUGUACGAGAAGUUGAUCACGUAGAGGCAACGUACAAGGCUCUGAUUGCUACUCGCCCCAAAUCAGCUUGGCUUGUAGCAACCGGCUGCUUGACCAACGCCGCUCGCGUGAUCCAAGCUCAUCCGGACUUGGCAGAUCAUUUGGCAGGCUUCAGCAUCAUGGGCGGGGCUGUCGGUGGAGGCUUCACCAAUGCACCCAUGGGAAGAGUCCACGGGGAAGGUGAAAGGUUUGGUAAUUGGACACCCGUUGCCGAGUUUAAUUGUGACCCAGAAGCCGCGCAGUUCCUUCUUACACAUCCGGUUAUGGCUCCUAAGACCACCAUCAUGCCUUUGGAUGUGACCCAUCAAGUCCUAGGCAACACAUCGGUUCAGAAAAAGCUUCUUGGACUUGAUGGUGAACUAUCAGCCAGCAAAGCUGAAAGGCUUCUUCCAUCCUCCAUCCGUGCUCUCUAUUACGAAAUUUUGACUUUCUUUGCAAAGGCUUACGCCGAUGAAUUUGGUCUUGUAGAAGGACCACCACUACAUGACCCACUGUCAGUUGCCGCUUGUUUCGAACCUGGCCUCUUUCAUGACCACGGGGAGAGGUUCGCCGUGGAGGUUGUCACUGAGGGCAUCCACAAGCCGGACCUGCUGCAUCGAGCAGACGCAGAGGGCGUAGGCCAACUUGGACGAAUACUGGUUACGAAGUUGGAGGAAGGCCAAUCUGGAAUUCGGAUCCCGCGUAGCCUUAAUGUUGCAGCAUUUUGGGAAUUGAUUGACAAAGCCUUAUGUGAGGCAGAGAAAUCCUCUCCCAUCCCACCCCUGACUGCAGACUGGUGGGAUACUAGACCAUGAGUACAGACAGU